GUUGCCCAAGGUUGUUAUCAGUCUGCCGUAUCAAAAUCUGCGCAGCGGCUCUUCGCCGAGGCGAAGCCGGUCUUGGCUUCGUCCUUACAUAUACAGACAGAGGCUUAUAUAGAUAUAUGAUAUAUAUAUAUAACUUUUCAUUUGCCGAUUUCCCCCCUCCCUCCUUUCAUGCGCUUUCCAUUGGCUCUGCUCGGCUAUUUUUCAAUUCACAAGACCCUGAUCAAACUCAGAUUCAACAGACCACCGCGAUCGCCUGCAAACACACACAUCCAGCCACCCACAAUGCAGCUGCUCAACGAGGCGCCACCAACGGUCGAGCCAGACGAAGCCCGGAUGCUCGCCUCCACCCCAUUCCUGGUUCUCCCGACUCCAUGUCCGUUCGAGGAAAUAGAGGAGCUCAAGGCCGAAGACCGAUACCACCUCAACUUCCGCAUCGUUGAGCGCCCCGGCGCUACUCCACACACCGAGGUGUGUCGACAGAUAUACGAGUUCUUCAGGUCCCCAGUCCCGGGGCUUAUGGCCCACCAAUAUCGCCCCCGGGACCCAUCAAAGCUCAGGGACCUGAAUGCCAUUGAUCAGGACCAGCCCUCGGCCAAAGACGCAUCCACCGGCGCCGAUGCCCCCAAGGACAAUCUCCAGGAUCCCAAGCGCCGUCGGACGAUGGACUCGGGCGAUCUGGCUGCCAGCUCGACAGCUGCACAGACACCUUCCCGGACCCUUCCCCAUGACGUCUACGGGCUAUUGAUGGAAUACCGUCUUCGAGAGCUGAUCGUCGACAGUGCUGACGGCUCCAGCAAUGGGGACGCAGCUCUCGCUGUGGCCGCAGAUCCAGCUCGUCCCAUGGCGGCCGCCAAAGAUCAAGCCUCGGUCGAACACACCUCAGCAGCAGACGCAGCAUUGCGGACAGCAGACCCGGCAGAACGUCCUGUCCUAUCGCCGCAGUCCGGUGCUCAGGUCCAAAACGGCCCAGGCGAUCCGACGGCUGGUACCAACGAAGACGAGGCGCACAGCGGCUCGAUCGGCUACGACGACGACGGUUUCAAAGAAGUGUAUGGAUACAAAAGCGACUUUAUUGCAUGGUCUCCGCACUGGCAGCUCUCGUCGCUGGAGAACAAGUCUAGCACCAUCAGGAACGAAAAACCAGACCCUGUCCAGCCCCGCCGGAUCAAGCGAAUCAGCCCCUGGAAGGAGGACGAUCUGAUCUUCAUGAUCAAGUAUGAUGAAAGAUGGUCGACUGAUUUAAUGAAGAUGGGCCUGACGCUGCGGAACAUACCCGAGCCCUAUAUUCGUACCUCAAAAUCGACACCAAUGACAGACAUCAAGAAAUAUGUCACCCGCAAGCUCAAGCUGGGUGUAUUUGAAAAGAUCGAGCUGCUGUGUCAAGGACAAUCGGUCCAGGAAAGGACAUUGCAUGAUCUCUACAACCGCAUUCAGGAUGCCUCCGCUGAUGACAGCAACGACGGCGGCAGCGCGGAAUCGGCGCCAAAGGGCCUUUACUACUUUGACAACCAGGCACCGCCAUGUCUAAUCAUGUCGGUCCGGGCUGGAGGAGUGUAGGGCACUGCAACAACAGCAUCGAAGUCUGCCA